AUGUCUGGUCUGACGCUGGGCCUCAUGUCGUUGGGCCUCGUAGACUUAGAGGUUCUACAGCAAAGCGGGUCAGAAUCGGACAAGAAGCACGCAGCUAGCAUACUCCCGGUUAUGAAGAAGCCGCAUCUGCUCCUCUGCACUCUCCUCAUCGGAAAUGCUCUUGCUAUGGAGGCCCUUCCCAUAUUCCUGGACGCGCUCGUGCCUUCAUGGGCCGCCAUUCUUCUCUCAGUCACUCUCAUCCUGCUCUUUGGCGAGAUUAUUCCUCAAGCUGUGUGCUCGCGCUAUGGGCUGGCCAUAGGAGCUACCCUGGCCCCUCUGGUCAAGGUUCUUGUGCUGCUCUUCUACCCCAUCGCCCUCCCCAUCAGCAAGCUACUGGACCUCGUGCUGGGAGCAAGCAACGAGCCGCUGUACCGCCGCGCAGAGCUCAAGGCGUUUGUCAACAUGCACGCAAAGAUGGAGGGAAGGGGCGGUGACUUGACAGUGGACGAAACGACGAUCAUCAGUGGCGCGCUGGAGCUAGCAGGGAAGACGGUGGCAGACGCCAUGACGCCCAUCCACCACGCCUUCUCGCUCAGCGUCGACACCAAGCUCGACCUGGAGACGAUGCAGCAGCUGAUGAAGAGAGGCCACAGCCGGGUUCCCGUGUACCACGACUCCCCCAACAACAUCAUUGGAUUGCUGCUAGUGAAGAAUCUCAUAUCGCUCCACCCAGAGGAUGCCACUCCGAUUCGCAAGGUUCCUAUUCGCCGAAUUCCAAGAGUGCAAGCCUCCCUGCCCCUGUACGACAUGCUGAACGAGUUCCAGCGCGGACCCACGAUCCGUGUGCAGCAGCUGACUGCCGCCACUGUUUCCGCUGCCCUUACUGCCAGGCAGCAAAGGGAUGGCAAGAGGUUGCUGAUCGAUGUGCAACAGCGACAGGGCAGCGGGCCGAUGGGUGCUGCUGGAGGGCGGAAGGGUGUGUUUCGCAGCAGUGUUGUGGCUGCUGACAUGGCAGUUGAUGUUUCUCAGCUCGAGGCAGCUGCUGGUGCAGGGAGGAAGCGGCGGAGGAGGAAAGAUGGUGGAGAAGGGAGUGGUGCUGGUAGCGCUGUUACGGGGGGCGAUGGCAAUGGGUUGGGGUUUAGUCCCAGGAGUGAAGAGUCUGAGGAAGUGCGACCAGGGGUAGGGGAGGAGAGGAGUCUUAUAGGUGGUGAGGGAUCGGUGGAACAGGCAGAAGGAGAUGUGGAGGCUGAGGGGAGGGGGGAGGAGGCUAGGUGUGCACGGCCAGGAGGUUGGCAAGAGGAGGAAGAGGGGGAAGAUGGGGAGGAGGAAGAGGAGGUGGUGGUGGGGAUAAUAACGAUGGAGGAUGUAAUAGAGGAGCUGUUGCAGGAGGAGAUAUUGGACGAGACAGAUGUGAACCUGCUCAUGCACCGGUGUGUGAAGGUGCCCUCCUCCACGGGGCACACUCCUGGAAGCACAUCUGCACGCACGUCUGACCACAUUCCUGGAUAUACAGUUGAGUGCGCUAGUGGAGAUACAGCUGGGAUGACUGAUUCAUCUGAGCUUUUUCCCACCCCAAGCAUCAGGCUCGAAUAG